AUGAAACGAGCCCUGCUGGUGGCGCUCCUAAUUUUGGCGGUUAGUGCCCAAAACAAGGAAAAAGAAGAUGAUAAGAAACCGUCCAAGGUGAUGAAGGACGAGGGAUCGGCCCCGAUGAGUGUCAAGAUUAUGGAUCAGGUGGAUAAGGCGUUGGAGCAGCCAGAGAGGUUCUUGGAUGUCAGAGAGUUUAUUAGAGUAAGGAGGCCAUCUUUAACCUUCUUUGUGGCUAGACAUUACAAUCGAAAACGUUCGAUUUUAGUCAUAUCUUUCAUGUACAUUCUAAAGAGUUCAUAAAUUAUUCCUUAGAAAUUUUGGCUCACGCUUUGCGGCUGUAGCUUUUCAGAAAGAGUUAGCAGGAAAGAAAACCCAUACUCUUCUGUAAAGUAUCACUUUUUCCGAGCAAAAUUCACAAAGUUAUUGUCCGCCAAAGUGAUCUAACCACAAAGUCAUCAUGAAUAAAUUUCCCUGUCCACUUGAUUACAAAAACUUUGCAGAGUGCCCUAGACAUGAUGCGGACCGUUCCCGCUCCCGAUGCCCUCAAGAAAAUCCCCAACGAUCUUCAACGUCAGCAACUGCAAGAGCAAUAUGACGCUUAUGCUCAACGCCAGCGUCAAAAUUACUAUCCUUCUCGAGCCUACUCCUCACGGACUUACUCUCCCUAUCAGCAGCAACAACAAUACAGCCAGUACGGCCCAAAGCCAGCUUUGCCAGUGCAGCCAGAAAGCUCGGACCCGGCUAAAGCGCUGAGUCGUAUCUUUGCAACUCCAACUCAACAGGACAUGGAGAGUUUGUUCCAUUUACCCGCUGACAUUAUGCAUCGUUUGGCGGCGGAUGCUGGAUACAUUCCUCCGCACAAGGAGCCUGAAGAGUUGGCCGCGCGGGAGGGAAGCAAAUAUGGAAGGUAUGCAGUAAAUACCCAUAACUUUAACAGAGGUUUUCCUUUAUUCAUUUUCAACUCUAUAACCCCCAAUACCACCAACUAUUUCCUCAUUUUAGCAGCCCCUCUUCUGGCGGCUUCAAUUUCGGCGGUUCUCCUGGAACAUUCAGUCUUGGAGGAACCUCGGACCAAGAUCUCAACAGCUUCAUCGCCCGCUAUCGUGGAGAGCAACCAGCAGCCGUUCCAGAGGUUCUAACAACCCCAGAACCCACCACCGCCAUCCCAGUCGCUUCUCCUCCGAAAAUUGUGUUGAGAACUAUCCAGAAAAAUGGAAAAUUGUAAGGAAAUCUACUUUCCAUAGUUCGUGGCCUGACUUUUUCAGGAUUCAAGUCCCAGUCCUUGUGGUUCCUCAAGCCAACGGACAAACACGCUAUAUUCAAUACGAUAAGCUCUCGGAUUUAUCGGAUGCUCUGGCUAAAGUCGUGUCCACCGGUCAAUUGCCUUUGAAUCAAGAGGAGCAGCCGGAAUCGACUACUCCAAGAGUUGUCAAUGCGCAAUUCGAACAGCCGAAAGGGGGACAGAUCUUCAACUUCCCAGAGAAUUUACAGGUCAGAUUUUGGGGAGGAAAUUUGGCUUUUUUUACUGAGAGUUGAAAUUUUUUGGGGGUCAAGUUUAUUGUCAAAUUUCAAGGUCUAUUUCGCCCUAAAAUUAUCUCUAAAGCAAUUUCAACCCUUGAACUUUCAGAUUGAACCCCCAACCACCGCCCCACCUCCAGCUGUCCGCACCGAAACCGCUGAAGGUAGCUCCUUUGUCCAACAAUUCGACGUCGAAUCCAACGAGAACAAAGAUGCUCCAGCUGAGGAAGUAAGUGAACCAGUUGAGCAUCGAUUUGCACCCACUGCACGAACUGUCACCGCACCAAGCUCGAAUGCAAGUCAGCCAAGCGCUGAGCUGUUAGAGCUGUUGGAGAAAUUGGGAAAAUACAGACACGAAUUGGAUAAAGCUGCAUCAUUCUUGAGGACAACGAAAGGCCCAGAAGUUAUUGAUGGAAUGACUAAAGAAGACGACUUUCCCAGACCACAUGAAAUGAAGGUUGAAGUGAAGGAUGAGGAGAUCGUUACACCGAAAGCCGUAGCGAGCGCUGAGAAAAUUGCGUUUGAGGCGACUGAGGUUUGAUUUUGCACAUAUUAUUUUGCACUCACUAGAAUGCUUUGUAAUCACUUUUAUCAAGGCCGGAUUUUUUUAAAUUUUGUAAGGAUAGAGAGUAUACAUACAUUACGUAUUAAUUGAUAAUGUUUUUUUCGCUAUUUGCAAAGGCCGCCAUCAUUAGGGUACUGUGUAUUAACAAGUACCCUAAAAUUUUUUUUGCUUACAAACAUAUAAAUCGAAUGUAAAGUCCCAAUUUUUUAGCCCACAACCACCUCAACGGCAGCCACGACGACUCAAUCGGCUGGUGAGAUCCUCUUGAACGGCCAUCGUUACAAGCUAGUUGACGCUGAUGAUCAUGGGAAGUCCAAGGAAGAAGUUACCGAGAUUCCAACGACUACUGCUGAAACCAGCACCUUGAAGAGCGUUCCUCACAUUAAACCGCAAAAGAUCAGCAUGAAGUCGAGCAAUUUGGAGCAGGUCAGGAAUCUGGCAAGACAGAACCGAUUGAGAACUCCGACUAUUAGAAAAGCGCUCCCUGGUGGUUUCAGCGAUAUGGUGAGUUGGGGUUGAACUAGGCUCUGUAAUCAUGUAACGUAUCAGAGAUUGACGUAGAAAGAUACUGCCAAAAUUCUGUAUACUAUAUAUAGCAAAUUUAAAAGGACCAAAAAUUUAUUGGCUAUAGAUAGCUUUUGCUAUUCAUCAUAACUUCCAGGCCGACCCGUCCAAUCCCUCCUCGCCAAACCCAGAGCACCGUAUCUACUCUCUCCGCGAGCUCGAAGACAUAAUCGCCAGUGAAACUGGCCGUCGUUACGAUGACUCCGACGAGGUCUCUCGCUCUCCUCGUCGCCCGCUGACCUCGCAACAACUCCUGUCCGCGGGCCGAGUCACUUCCUCCGUAAGUAACUGAGAAGGCCUGAUUCAACUAUCGCUUAUCCCCUAUUUAUUUGAUUACCCCUCACAUUUCCUGUAUUUACCAUAAUAAAAAGGUUUGACGUGAAAAGUGUGCUGAUCUAUCACUGUUUUCAAAUUGAUUGUCGCCCUUUUAAACAGAGUUAUUGCAAAAAGAAUUUCGUCUAGAAUCGCGCCGACUUACUGCGGCAGGAAUACGGCUUGGAGAAGAGUGUGUGGCGAGAGCGAACCCGCGGCGUCUUCAGGAAUUUCAAGAUGAACGACGUAAGUGAUUCGAGAUUUAUCUCUGUUUUUAUGUUGGAUGAGAGAUUUCGGGGGAUUUACGGGAUGGGGCGGAAAGUCAAAAUACUGUAAAAAUUCGGCAAUAAAACGAUUAAGUUUUUUGACUUUUUAAUGAUAGAAAGAACGUAAAAUUUUAUAUCAAAAGUGCUCGUGAUGUGAGCUGCAGAUAUUAUAAAUGGAGCAUCACGGCAAAAAAAUCCACAAUUUUUCUAGCACUAUUUUUCCAGACCUCUCUGUUCGAUCAGCAAUGCGCAGUUUGCAAUGAUUUUGCCGGUCGAUUUUACAUUGAAGAUUUGUCAUCGUUCGCGAAAGAAAACUGCGAUUUCGUUGAGGACUUUAUUCCAAUCAACUGCUUCGAUCUGGCCGAAUUUUACAAUAAAUGUGAGAAAAAGGCGUUGACAGAAGUGACGCCGAGCAGCCAGUUCUCAACGACGGAUAUUCAACUGCCUUCAAAUCAAUUGAGCGUCUAA